AUGACUUUUUCUACCCUUAAUGGUGAUUUAAAUCAUCAUACACUUUCUACAAUGGAUACUUUGUCCAAAACAUAUCCAAUCGAUUCAUCAACACUGUUUGCCAAAGCCAUUUUUGAAAACUUCAAACAAACUUUCACAUCAACAAAUAAUAGUCAUACUACUACUACUAAAGUAUCGAUGUUUGAGCCAAUAUCUAGUUUUACUACUGUUGAUACUACUCAAUCUACAAUAAUUCCAUAUCGAUGUGAAAACUCUAUUUUUAGAAAGAAAGCAAAACUGGUUGAUUGUCCAUCUACUGAAGAAUUGGAAAUGAGUCUUGAGAUUUGGAAAAUAGAAGGAAAUGAUCAAUAUUCAGGUGAACAAAGAAGACAUUUUAAGCCAUUCAAAGUAUUAUUUGAUAGAAUUAGAGACAAGGGAAUAAAUAAAUAA